GCCGCAGCGCCCCGGCGCGGCCCCGCUCCGCCCCCCGGCCCGCCUCUCUGCCCGCCGCCCCCGCCUGCGCCCGCCCGGAGGAGGGGCAGGGAGGGGGGCGGGAGGGGCUCCUCGGCCGGCUGGGGCGGUGGGCGUGGGGCGGGCAGGGCUCCCCGAGGAGCCGCGCGGCCGCCGUGCCAGCGCCCCGCGGCGGCGCGGAGCGGUGCCGCCCCAGGGGAGGCAGCGGGGACCCCCGCCAGUGCUGGGGGGCUGCGCUCGGCCGUUCCUCACGCUCAGCGCUGCCACAGGCGCGUUAUGGGCGAGAGCGGGUCUGCUUUGUCGCGCGUGCUGUGAUGAAGCCAUGGCCACGUCAACAGGGGUAUCUCUCACUGCCGUUUAAUAUGCGAUGCGUUGUGUGCGUGCAUCGUAGUCUGUAACUCACAAUAAGAUGACGGGUAAGAGCUGGUUACGUUCGGUGUUCCCCACAGUCUGUCACGAGCCAUUAAAACAAACCCGUUCAGUUUCUAUAUUCGCGUUGGUGCGCGGCGUGCUCGCACGCAGCCUCCCGCACCUGGGAGCCGAGCAUCGUCACGCCACGGUGCUGGAGACAAGGGUUGAUGGAGUUGUGUUCAAAUGUUUUUUAAAAUCUUUGAUUUACUGAGAUUGAGUCCUGUCUUAACCUGGACUUAAGCUGAGGGGAAAGGCUUUCUUUACCUGGGUUUAUGGAAUUUAGUGGAUUUAAAAAUGCUGAAGCAUAUCGUAAUGUGAUUAAACCUCAAUGAAUGGCCUCAAGGAAAAGCUCAAGGAAUGAUGAAUAUAAAUGUAUAGAGGCGUCAAUAUAAAUAAUUUAUUCAUUGAUAGAUAAGCAGGGAUGAUUUUUUCCCUUUAACGGUUACAGUUGUAGGCUAGUUGUAAAUUAAUAUUUUUUUUUUAAUUCUAUAUUUAGUAGAGCAAAGAGAAAAAAACCAGCAUUCUCAAGGUAUUUUGCGUGUGUAACUGCUUGUGCGUGGUAUGGCCGGGAUGACCCGCGUGUUUUCCAGAGGCUGCGAGGCCCCGGGCGGGGCACGGGCACAGGCAGGGGCUGCGGCAGCGGGAACAGUAGCAGGAACGGGGCUGGUUGCGGCUCAAAUCACUCAAGAAAUUCCUUUUUCAAAGAAACGGCUUGGAAAUCUCGCUGUAUCUCUGCUCUCAGGCUGGUGGCCUAAUCCUCAGGGAUAUGGAAACGAGCUCAGGCUUUCUGAGGAACCUAGUGUGGGCUUAGUGCCCUCGCCACCGCCCCUCCCCCGGCGCUCAGCCGCCAGCCGUCCCCGCAGGCCCCGGGCGGCGCAGCGGGAGCGAGCCGCCGUGUCCUGUGCCGGCGUGGCGGCCGGCGGCGGGCGGGCUGCGGCCGCUCGCACCCAGCCCAGCGCCCCCCGCGGAGCCCGGCCCCGUCCCCGCGUCCCCGCCGCGGGGGCCAAGAGGCAGAGGCGCCGCGUCCCCGCCGGGGAGGGAGCGAGGCCUUUCCCUGGGCGUCCUCGCAGCAUCAUGACCCUCCAGGCUGACUUUGAUGGUGCAGCAGAAGAUGUAAAAAAAUUAAAAACAAGACCAACUGAUGAAGAACUGAAAGAACUAUAUGGAUUCUACAAACAGGCUACUAUUGGAGAUAUUAAUAUUGAAUGUCCAGGAAUGCUAGACUUGAAAGGCAAAGCCAAAUGGGAGGCAUGGAACCUGAAAAAAGGUUUAUCAAAGGAGGACGCCAUGAAUGCCUAUAUCUCUAAAGCAAAAGCAAUGGUAGAAAAAUAUGGGAUCUAGAAUACUCAAAAUAAUUCCCACUAGUAACUAACUCUUCAGCAGCUAAUGAGCUAACUCUGUUGAGAAAAAUGCAAUACUUACUCCUUAUUGUAUAGUCUGACAGUAAAAUGUUUUAAGCAUAACCUGUUUUACUGUAAAGAGUAUUUACAUACAUACUUUAUUUUUAGACUAUCUUAUUCUAAAUAAAUUUGAAUCUAAUAAAUUAA